CAUACAGUAAACAUCAUGCCACCGCGUGGUUCAUACAGUUGUUUAGGGAUAGGGUUAUAUUGCUAGUAAUAAUGGGAAAAUAUUUUAUAAAAUUUUCAUUUAUUGGGACAUUAUAUAGAGGAUUGCAGAAGCACGUAAAUAAAAACAUCCUUGAUAUUGAUUCUGUCCAAGGUGCUAUUGAAACAGCUUUACUAACUAUACAUCCAAAACCUGUAUCGAAGCCCAGAUUAUAUUUAACUAGCAGAACUGAUGCAGGUGUACAUGCGUUACAAACAAUUGGUCAAAUAACGUUAGAAAAUAGGUAUAAUAAACUAUAUAAUCCCGAAGAAAUAUUAAGACAACUUAAUCGUUUUUUUAGAAAAACUUCACAUUUCAUUAGGAUAUUAGAAUGUGUUCCGGUUGUAGAAGAAUUCCAAGCUAAGAACAUAGUUAAAUCAAAAACAUAUAUAUAUAGGUUUAUGAUAGCUAAAAAAUAUGAUGAACAAAGGCUACCUAUAUCAGAAAUGUGUCAUAGUUUCCAUCUAAAAUCAUAUACUUUUGACAUAGAAAGAAUGAAAGAAGGUACAAAACUUUUCAUGGGCCUCAAAGAUUUUAGAACAUUUGCAUCACAAUCAAACAAAUGUUUAAACCGAAAUUAUGUACGCAGCUUAAAUAGUUUAACUAUAGAAAAAGCACAACCUUUAAUGUAUUUUGAUGAACUAUCUACAAAUUUUAAUUACUGGCAUGUUGUAAUCAGUUCUAAGGGUUUCUUAUUUAAUCAGGUUAGACGAAUAACAUCAGCAUUGCUUGGAUUGGGAACUGGACGAAUAACUGAAAAAGAUAUAAAUACAAUGCUACAAGUUCCCUCGACGAAAAAUUGGAACACACAUUUACCUGUUGUCGUACCACAUGGACUACAUCUUGUAAAAGUAGAUUAUGAUCUUAAUGAAUUAGAAAAAUAUACAAUAAAAGAUAAACUUAAGGAAUUAAAUAUUGAUAGCAGUAUACAAUCAGUUAAUUGAAUAUUGCAUUUUGUAUAUUAUUAAAAUUACUUAUCGUACGAUACGAUUUUAUUUUGCAAUGGAUUUACAAAAUCUUAUAAAAAAUAAAAGUAUGAAUUUAAGACCAUCUAAAACGGUUAUUACAGAUAAUCUUGGUAGAAGAUACGAAGUUGUGAAUGGCAUAAAAAAAGAAUUAACACAAGGUUUACCUUUCGUUAUUGAUGAAAAACCUGAUAUGCAAAUUUCUUGUAUUAUACAUGGUUUAUUUCUUAGUUCACAGGAUCCUGCCGUCAGUAUAGAAAUACUUAAGAAAUACAAUAUAAAACACAUUUUAAGUAUUGGUAUUAAUUUGAGUCUUAAAUUUAAUGGCAUAAAAUAUUAUCAGUGUGAAUUAUUAGAUUUGCCAGAAUC